UAAUUCAUUUGGAAGACGUGAUUCAAAAUCCUGACGAUCCAGACGGAAGUGAUGGGCAACCUUCGAAUCCGUCAAAUAUUUCAGAUUACGAUCCUGGUGAACUCGGUGAAGACGAUAAUGACCACGAUGAACCAUCUUCGAAACAGAAGAAGUUAUCAAGUGGCACCCACAAAGGCGGAAGGAUGAAAGAUCAAAUUUGGGACAGCUAUAUGGAAAUUGGGGACGACUUCUGGGGCUGUAAAAUGUGCCAGUGGAAAAAUAAAAAUCCGAAAGCUGAUCGGCUGCGCAAACAUUUAAAUGAUUGCUCCAAGAAAAGAAAAUUGACAAUUUUAGCAGCGCCGGUUACUGCGACAAAUUCAAUGCUCCCAACUUCGUCAACAAAAGCUUCGCUAAAUUACAGCCAAAGCAGUAUCAAAGACCACUUUAUUUCAACUAAUGAUCGUCAACAACUUGAAAUCAACCAAAAGCUCCAAAAAGCAAUUUGCUCAUCAAAUAUACCUUUUCGCGUUUUGGAAAAUGAACAUUUCAUCGAAUGGGUUACAUCAUUGAGACCAAGUUAUAAACUGCCCACACCAAAAACCGCGUCUACUUAUCUGUUAGAUAAUCUCUACAGAGAAUGUGAACAAAAUAUAAUCAGCAAAAUUGAAAACCAGAAUGCUACUAUCAAGACGGAUGGAGCACCAAUCAGAAGGAAUGCGUCAUCGCGCAUUCGAUAUUCGUGAAAAAUAAGGUUUAUUUUAUUGAUACAGUAUGCCCUGGAGAAGAAGAAAAGACCGCAGAAAAUUGCACAAAGUGGCUUCAAGUUUGUAGGAAAGAAGCGGAAGAAAAAUUUUCUAUCAAAAUUGUAGCAUGCGUCACGGACAAUUGCAAUACCAUGGAAAAAAUGCGACGUGACCUCGGAAAAGAACUUUUAUGUUAUGGCGAUAAUCCACACCUUCUUAAUCUUGUUGGAAAGAAAGCAUCUCCUGAAAAACUUAUUCAAAAAAUAAUUAAAGUCCAGAAAUGUUUUCGGAAUCACGACUUUGUUACACCGGCUUUGAAAAAUAGUCGCCCAGUUUUGCCUUCUGAAACAAGAUGGAACAGUCAAAUUGAUUGUCUGAAAAGCUACAUUACAAACCAAGGAAAAUAUCUGGAGAUUGCCUGCUCUGAUGACCGUGUCAACGACGAAGUGAAAACGAUUAUUGAAAAUGGGUCCAUUUUUAGACAAGCAAAUGAUUCAAUAAAAUUCUUGGAACCAAUUGCAAUUGCCUUAAAUAGGGGAAUCAAAUUUGUCCCUAUUUUAGAUAGACAUAUCUUAUAUAUUGACACUGAGACUAAUAGUUUUAAUUAUGAUUGAUUUUAGUUACAAAAGGAUUCUUCUAUGAUUUUUGAUGCAGUUCACGAAUGGAUAAAAUUGAAAAAGGAAUUACCUCAACUCUUUGCAGAAAGCUAUUAUAAAGACAAAUUUGCUAAAGGUACUCCUGCCUUUGCAAUAGCUGCAUGUAUGAUUCAUCCUAUUUAUCGAGGUGCAGAUUUAAGUAAUGAAAUGAAGAAGGAUGGUCGAGAUUGGAUCAGUACUCAAGAUAAAAACUUUCUCCCACUAACACUUAAUUUGGCAUGCAAGGACGAGUCAAUAUUUUCUCCUUGCUUAUUUGAAGAAAGCGUCUUGGCCGACGUCUCCCCAAUUAACUGGUGGUUAACGGCGCAACAAGAUAAUCCCACAAAAAUUUCUGACGAGUUUAUUAAAAUGUGCCGCAUUUUAUUGGAGCUUCCGGCAAGUAGCGCCGGGCUAGAGCGGAUAUUUUCUGCAAUGACGAACACAAUUACAGAUAAACGAAAUAGAUUAGGUGUCGAAAAAGCCAGAAAAAUUACAUUUAUUAACCAAGCUUUAAAAAAUACGUGA